AUGUCCGAUGACGGUGUGAGUCCAUCUAGCACUUCAUCAACCCAAGCACCAACCACAACCACGUCUACUCAUCGUCCUCCCCCACUGCAACCCUUCACAACACAUAUUCAAAACAGCGACAGAUCUCAGUCGUCAUCUUUGGAUAGUGUCGUUACUGUUGUUCAUAGCUCAUCGCCACAAGCUUCUCCAUCGGGACAGAAUACACAAGACUCUGCGAUGUUUUCCACGCUCAUUGGCCAUACUCGAGGCCUUCUCCCUCCAAAAGAGAACAAGGGGCAAGCCGUGGCCGACAUCGGUGAUUUCGAUCACACUCCUCCUCCCAGCGGACGUGCAUCCGUGGAUUUGUUGAAGAGUAAGGAGAAGCGAGGAGAUACCAUCUCUGAACAGCUGCUUCAAAAGCCUUCUUUCGAUAUCGCGAUCGGUGACGACGACUCAAGUUCACCAAUGUUGGCCCCUCUUUUGAAGAAGCCUAACACGAUAUCUGCAGAAACAUCUGGCGCUUCGCUUGACCUUCCCUUUCACAAAGUCGCUUCAUCACAAAAUGAAACUGUCAUGGGUAGCAUGCGUAGAAGUUCACGUAACGAGACACAAACCCAGGCAUCGCCGAACCAACCCCCACUUGUUCUGAUGGGCGGUUCGGGCCAAGAAGUUCAAUACCAACCGACUCCUUGUCUGAAGGAGCAGAACCACGUUGAUGAGCUUCCGUCCUGGAGCUUUCGGCCCAUCAAUCCUCGAUUUUCUCAAGAUGAUAAGGCUCGGCACCACCACAAACCUAGUCAGGAAUAUCAGACCAACUACUUCUCUGGCAAGGUAGAAGAUUCGUCUUGCGCUGGUGAUGACAGUCAUCCAGUUUCUUCAACACCCGAAACUCGAGACGGGAGAGCAAACGAAUGUGUUGGAAUAAUCACCGACUCAUCCGAUGUCGAGAUACCAGAAUCGAGGCUAAGGAAAUUGAGUUUCCACGACAAUGGCCUUCGCGAUCCAAAUGCACAAGUAUCGCCAUCAUCUGGGCCUCGCGAGGCGUCGACCGCAUAUGUACCUCCAUCAGGUCGAAGCCGAUCUUUAGGGUCAAUCAUGGAUUACCUGUGGAAAACCCAGUGGCUGAAACGUUUAUCGCAAAGAAACAACUCGUAUCGUCCCGUGCUUACAGAUCUUCCGCCCCGAACGAAGUCAGUGAGAACUGAUGACAGACGUCCGUCAGAACCCGUACUACCGAGUAGCCAUGCUCUCCGCCGGCCAUCAGCGUGGUCCAUUUUACCUGGUAAAACAGAUCGCCAUGUUGAUGAUAGGAUGUUCAAGCGUGCUUUUAGUGAUCUAGAGAGGCUCGUGGAUGAGGCCCUCUCGCUCGCCGUAGAGGUUGCCGGCCAUCCUGAACAUGCAGCUUACGAAAACGGCCGUUCUCGAGCUGAACAAAGUGAUCCGGAUCUCCUUGCCGAAUCAGAUAUAUCUCGAAAUGCCCAACAAGCUACUCGGGCAGCUCUGUUGGGUGAUGAUGGCCAAAACUUUGCCGAAAGACCACAGUGUAGACGUGCUGCCACUUAUACCUCUGUGCCCAGGCGUCCACGCUUAACGGAUGUUGUGGAAAGCUAUUCAGGAACAUAUCAAGAGCUUCGAAAGAGGUCUCAUAUUGAGCGAACACAGCAAGAAAGUUGCUCGAGGCGCACAUCACGAAUGAUAUUGUCUCAGCUGCACAGUCAAGCAACAAAUAUGGAACCCAAACGCAAGUCCGUAACGCUAGAAGACCUCCUCAUUGCAAGGAUCUUUCCCAAAACAGAUGAGAAGAGCAAAUCCCCUCAAGGUACGCAUGUCGUUCACAGGCGUGCUUCAGUAGCGAACCCCCAAACUAUCGGAAGUGGAACUGGACAAGAUGCCCUACCAGAGCACGACAUUGCUGGCAGAGGAUUGCACUACGAGCAUGGGGUCAAUUUGCGAAAGAGAUCGCAUGUCAGCCUACGCGAUACAAACGGAUUCAAUCUUCCCAAAUCGCACACAAGGCAGCCAAUUGCAAGAGACUGGUCGCCUGGCCGGAAACGUUUUGUCGCUUCUGUCGCCUGCUUGAGCACAGCUCUCAUAGGGGUACUUCUUGGAAUCUACACAGGCAUGGUUCCCUCAAUCCAGUACUAUAUCGUGGAUCAGUCGCACGUUGCUGUGCAUGGAAAUACAGGUUGUUUCCUGGCCCUUGCUCUGCCAUCUUUCUUUCUCUGGCCGUUGCCUCUGCUCCACGGUCGGAAGCCGUAUAUCAUGUCAAGCCUCAUUAUUGCAAUGCCGUUGCUUUUCCCACAAGCAAUUGCUGUCAGCGACCAAAGACUUACAAAUACUACCUUCUGGCGGACAAUGCUCUUAGUCUGCCGCACUUUAAUGGGUGGUUCGCUGGGGUUUGCCAGCAUGAACUUUCACUCCGUUCUGACAGACCUGUUUGGUGCAUCUCUAAUGUGCAGGCAUCCCCAUCAAGAAGUUGUUGACCAGUUCGAUGCACGAAGACACGGAGGCGGCAUGGGUAUCUGGCUCGGUAUCUGGACUUGGUGUUGGAUUGGGUCACUCGGUGUUGGUUUCCUCAUUGGUGCUGCCAUUAUCGACAAACACCCCCCAGCCUGGGGGUUCUAUGUCAGUAUCAUAAUGAUUGCGGUGGUGCUGAUUCUCAACGCUAUAUGCCCCGAAGUACGCAGGUCUGCAUUCCGGCGAUCCAUUGCAGAAGUACGAACUGGAGGAAACAUCUCACGUCGUCUGGCUCGUGGAGAAGUCAUGAUGCAUCGAGUCAAGACAGGCCCCAAGUGGUGGGGUCAAGAAGCAUAUCACGGUAUUCGUUUAUCCCUGGAGAUGCUUGAACAGCCUGGUUUUGCCGUCAUGGCUCUUUAUGUCGCAUGGAUAUACGCCCAAAUUGUCCUCGUGAUCAUCCUAAUGGGUUCGCUUGUCUCUCGACUCUACCAUCUGAGAUCGCCAUUUGUCGGUCUUCAUGUUGCUACAGUGGCUAUUGGAGCUCUUCUGGCAAUUCCAUUCCAAAAAGCCAGCAUAUUCUCGAGAUCUCGACGUCGGGAAGGCAAGUCCAACCGCGAGACUAUAAGCAAAAGGGUCGCGUGGUCAUCACAUCUCAUUCGAAGAGCCAUUUUUACCAUAUCUUUGCCCAUUUGGGCCGCCUGCUAUGCUGCUGUCUCCUCUGGUCCACCAAUCAAUUCCGGUGUGCCAGCUUUCUUUGCUCUUUGUAUAGGGUUUUUGUCGUGUCUUGCGAUAUCUGAAUGCAAUGGACUCAUCAUGGAAACGUUUGAUACGUCAGAUUUAUCUCCUGGCAUGGUCGGUCGUCACCAUGAUCCAUCAGGUCAGGACCAGCGAAGGACCAACUACUCAUCCUUCCCUCGAGUUACAGCAGGAUGUGCUGUCAUACACUCUUUCUCGUAUAUUCUGGCGGCCGGCUCAACUGCUCUGGGUGGACAUGUGACUCGAAAGCUUGGUCAACAAGUUGCAACCAGUGUUGUUGCUGGUAUACUCUUCUUGUUGACGGUCCUACUUUUGCUCGUACUCAUACGAUUCAAGAAUGUACUCAUCAUACCUCGAUCAAAGUCUGAGGAGAUGGAGAGGCUGACCCGAGCUCGGCGACAAUCUUCUAAGCGCCGAGCCACUAUGCCCGGCGACGUACGUGCUUUGAUGGAAGAGGAUCGUGCUUGGCAGCCUGCGAUGACGGGGAACCCAAUGGGAAAGAAUCGCCGGAUGAAUGUGCUCGAGAUGGGAAACUUGACAAGAUGGCAGGAUAUACGACGAAGAAAUAGGCUCAUAGAUGCGGGUGCACAUAUCAAUCGCGAUACAUUGGACCAUGGGCUUGACGCUGUGGUUGUUGCUCUCGAGACCCAGGUUGACGACAUGCGGCAGAAUGACCAGGGGUUUUUCAGGCGAGGAACCUUGAGAAAACACGGCAGUCAUUCGCGACGCAGCAAUCAAACCAGAAGCAGCGAACAAACUUUCCAUGACCUAGAACUAGAUAUGCUUGAUCCUAUCGGAAAGCCCGGGGGAUCAUACCAACGACCACGGGAGUCUCCUGAAAAUGAUUGUGUGAUGGGUCAGCCAAUUAAUGAAGAGGUCAAAGGUGACAAUCAAACUGGGCGAAGCAGCUCCCGGAAGGACGCUUGA